UGGUUGACUUGUCUCUGAAUCAUUGGAAGUUCUAUGAUAUUACAAUUCGUUAUAUUGCGAGCCCAACGCCAAUGCUAUUAGGCUCGACACACUGUCAUACACCUCGAGUGCUUUCUAUUUACCUGUGGCCUAGAUAUUAAUUAGAUUGUCUUCCUCGUUAACUAGAUACCAUCCUCUCAGACAUUCGCACAAAUCGUUGGGCUCUUAUUACCCAAGCGCCUCCAAAUGGACAGUCACUCGCAGAUCUCUGAUCCCAGCACCUCAGAAGCCUCAAACCCAGAACCCGUUAUUUCCGAUGAUCAAGUACGAAAAAGGUUAUUCAUAUUUUGUGAUGGUACUUGGCAGGAUGGUGUUAAUAAGAAGCGCCGCUUAACGAACGUUGCUACACUCGCUCGUUGUCUUGAGGGUAUAUCUGAAGACAACUAUAUACAGACUGUCUACUAUGACAACGGGGUUGGCAACGCAACUAGUUUACCUUCUAGACUUAUUGAUGGAGCAACUGGGAGAGGUAUAUCGGUCAAGAUCAGAAACGCUUACAGUUUUCUUUCUCACAAUUACAACUUCAGCCAUAAUCAAGAUGAAAUAUUUCUUGUUGGAUUCUCCCGUGGAGCCUUUGCUGUUCAAUGUCUUGCUUCAUUCAUCAGCCAGACUGGAUUAUUCCAAAAGCAACAUUUAUAUUACCUACGUGGAUUGUUUGCGCUGUGGAAAAACCAGAGCUUCAAGCGUGUGGGAAGUGGCGAACGACGUCCAGUCAAAGAGAAAUUAGACGAUUAUGUCAGAAAUUUCUACAAUGAAGGACUAUUACAUCAAGUGAGAAUCAAGGCAUGCGUGGUCUGGGACACGGUCAAUGCACUUGGGCUCCCAACCCCCUGGCCAAGACCCCUUUCUUUUGUCGGAAGGGCAAUUCCAGAAGCUAUCGAGAAUGCUUUCCAAGUUUUGGCACUCGACGAGAGGAGGGCACAGUUCAAGCCAUGCAUAUGGCGUUCCAAAGAAGGAGAGGGGACAUAUGCCAAGCAAUGCUGGUUUCUUGGGUCACAUGCCGACGUUGGUGGGAAUGGAGACGCAGUCCUUGGAGCUGUGGCACUUAUUUGGACUAUUGGACAACUACAAGCGAACACAAAUGCGACUUUCAACAGAACAGAGAUAAUGAAGCACCUCAAGCAUAGGUUCCUAGAAUGGGACUUCCAUAUCAACGAAUUUUUUCACCAAAUCAAAGAAACCGCGAUCUUAUCCGACAUAGCAAACUCAGGCCGUACAUCAAAGCCAUCAUGGUACUGGUGGCUUUCAGGACUAAAACCCCGAAGGGGUUAUCUGCAGACCGAUGACCAUCGUCCAAAUCUUCAGUUGGUUCACUUCACAGCCCGCCUAACGAUGGCUGAAGGGCGGAAUAAAUCUAAAUUACUUCGGAAGUGGACAACAGAGACCCGAGGUGAUGGUACAGUGAGCUGGCGAUUAGGAGAUAAAGUUCUCCUUGAGGAUAAGCUCAGCGAUGAUAGUCAUUGCAAGGAGUAUAAUGAGUACGCCAUAUUUAAAGCAUGGCGAGAUGGAGAAUUUCCGAUGGAGCGGACUGACAGGAGUACAUUUGCCACGCACGUACGAGCUCUCAUCCAAGAUCAAAGGGAAGAGUUAGAUGGAACCCUUAGUUCCUUCAUUUCACUCCUGGAGAAGGACUUGAGAUUUACGGGCCACCACCUUGCACCGCACGUAAUGUACUCACCAAACGAACAUCGAAUAAUCCAACACGAUCAAAAUUGAAUUCUAUGAAGCUGUCAGGGGCUGAGAGCAAGUGGGUAAAUAGCAGCUACCUAUGUAGUUAGCUGCAGCCUGUGUAACGUUUAGGAUGAACAUAUAAGGGGCCGGAGGCCCUAGAGGGUUCUAGGAAAGGGGUAGGCGUUAGUCAAGCUCUAUCAUUACAUACAAGUGAGCCAAAGGCGAGCUUCCUGCUAUUAUCACUCACUCUGUGACACGAUCUUUAGCAACGGGCCACAACCUUGACAGAAACUACUUAGCUACUAGGUGGGCAAGGAGGGGGACAUGAUUGAUUCUCACGGUAAAUUUCUCCUCACGGACCAGCUCAAAAACGAUAAAAUCACUUUUUUACUUCUUUAUUAUGGAAUGCUCUUUCGGGAUAUUCUGCAAAAUCGCCGCAGAUGACGGUCAUCAUAUAUUCAACACGCGUAUGCCCCCUUUUCACAGCACGAAAUAGGUAGGUAUUUACAAUAUCAUUAGCGGUUUCCUUGCCUCGCAAAAGAGAUCAAUUCUUCGUACUCGCCACUGUUUUUCAACAUUCCCCAAAAGGCACCCUUUUUAUCAACCAACUCUGCGGGGGAUCCCGUCCUAUCAA